UUUUUUUUUUUGGUUUGAUAAAAUACUAAGUAAACAGUAUUGGUAAAUAAAUCACCAAUUCAUUUCCUAGAUCAUUACUGUUUUGCCUUUUCUUUUUAAACUGAUUUUAAAAGGUUAUUUUUUAGUUUUUUAUUUUUUGGCUCCAUGGUCUUUUGAUAGAACCAAGGUGAUAAUAUAUUGUAGCAGGAUUAAUAAUAAGUUGGCAAACUCAUCUGAAGCAGAGUUUCAGUGAGAGAGAGAGAGAAAGCAAGUCAAGCCAUGGAGGCAGAAAGAGAAGCAGUUAAUUUCGGGAAGUCCCUGAUUGUCCCUAGUGUUCAAGAGCUAGCCAAACAGCCCUUGGACAAGAUUCCACCGAGAUACUCACAACAACACUUUUGGGAACCACACAUCCUAUCAGCCGCCAUGUCAUAUCUGUCAGUCCCCGUGAUUGAUCUUCAGAGAUUGAACACUGAGGAUUCCAUGGAUUCUGAACUCCACAAACUGCACUCUGCUUACACAGACUGGGGAUUCUUCCAGGUUGUACAUCAUGGAGUUAGUGCCUCAUUGCUGGACAAAUUCCGGACAGAAAUUGAAAAUUUCUUCAAACUUCCCUAUGAGGAAAAACAGAAGCUUUGGCAGCAGCCAGAUAACCAUGAGGGUUUUGGGCAGCUCUUUGUGGUAUCAAAGGAACAAAAGUUAGACUGGUCUGACAUGUUUUAUAUAACAACCCUUCCUCUCAAGCUAAGAAAGACUGAACUAUUUGAAAAGCUCCCCCAAGAACUCAGAGACACCUUAGAGGUUUACUGUACAGAAGUGAAAAAGCUAGCCAUAGUGAUCUUGGGUCACAUGGCUAGAGCUUUGAACAUGGAUAGCGAGGAAAUGAGAGAUUUGUUUAGUGAUGGAGUUCAAUCAAUGAGGAUGAACUACUAUCCUCCAUGUCCUCAGCCAGAUAUGGCUAUUGGGUUCACUCCUCAUUCGGAUGCUGAUGCUCUAACAAUCCUCUUUCAGCUUAAUGAAACUGAAGGACUACAAAUCCAGAAGGAUGGAAAAUGGAUUCCUGUUAAACCAAUUCCUAAUGCUUUCAUUGUCAACAUCGGAGACAUUAUGGAGAUAGUGAGCAAUGGUGUUUAUAAGAGCAUUGAGCAUAGAGCAACUGUCAAUUCAUCAAAAGACAGACUAUCUGUUGCUACAUUCUAUAGCUCCAACCUAGACUCUGAACUAGGUCCAGCGCAUAGCAUUCUUGGCCCUCAGAAUCCACCGAUUUUCCGUAGAGUCCCUAUCGAAAAUUACUUCAAGAACUUCUUUGCUCGGAAACUCAAUGGCAAAUCAUACCUUGAUUUCAUGAGAAUAGAAAAUGGGGAGGAAGAAUCCAAUUGAAUAUUAUCUUUACCAAAGUAAUAUUUUGAUCAGAGGUAUCAAACAAUAAGAAAUUGCUUCUACUAACAUUUUCAAUGGAUACAUUGCCUUCUUUGUUUU